GCUGGGGGAGAGAAGUUACAGCUCACAGUCCCACACAUCCCAGCAAAGUGAAGAAGGGGAGGAAGGCACCACUUGGCCAUGGGCUAAGGGAGUGCUUCUCCAGCUCAGAAUAGAACAGAUGCUGACGAAAACCCAAACAGUGCCCCAGACAUCAUGAGAUGGACUCUCCUGUGCCCUUCAUGCCCCAUCUUUCUCCUCGCUGCUGCAGCCUGAAUUUGACCCAAAGGACGCUUCCUUCCCAGAGAAGCUCUGCUCCGCUUUCCCUCUUUGCAAAGCAGCCACGGAUGUCCGGGGCUCUGGCAGAGGCAAGAUAAAAAGGCCCUGAAGCAAAUACGAGCCAGCAGUCAGCAGUGCCUGGUGUGCACCACUUCCUCCAUCUGCAUGUUUGGGACAACAUCGGACACAGCAGCAGCCCAAAAGCAGUGCGUGUCUGGCCACCACAGCCCCAGCGAGCAGGGAAAGAAAAGCACUGUCCCUGGGAGUGGAGAGGAGAAACUCAGGCAUCUCCAAGGAUAUUGCAGUCAGAAGCUGCCCCAUGCAUAACUGCCAUGCAUAGCUGCCAAUAACUGCCAUCAAGUGGUGCUGAACGCAGAGGACGCUGUACCAAAGGGCAGAAAUUCUCCCUGCUGUGGGUGUUACUUCACUCGGGUCAUUAAGAAGGAGUUGUGAGAAAAUAUGAGUCCUGGCUGCAGCACCAUCGCGCUCAGCCCCACGGAUUGGAGGUCUGCAGGAAGGGACCCCCAGGCAUGGCCAGAGCUGGGGCUGUGCUGUUCAGCUGCGUGCUGCUGGUGAUGGCUGGGGGUCUGCAGUGCUGCCAUGCCAUCAAGAUACUGAGAGGGAAGCGGGGAAAGCCGCUGUCCUUCCCGGCGUUGCGCCCCGUGGCUAAGGACAUCGUGAGGAUCACCUGGACUUCCGAAACCCACAGCACGCACAUCGCCGAGGCCAAGCCUGAGGUGAAGGAGUUUGCAGUGGAUUUCCUGCCUGACUUCCAAGGCCGGCUGCGAAUCCAUCCCCAGUUGCUGUCGCUGGAGAUCACGGAGCUGCGCAGCACAGAUGCAGGCCAGUACUCUGCAGGGGUGGACAUCGCCUCCAAACCCACCAGCCCCAGGAAGUUUACCUACCUUGUGCUGGUUCUCGAUGACUCCCCUGGAUCAGCUGACAGUGACACAGGAGGACCCAGCAGGAGCACAGCUGGACCAGGAAUGAGCUCUGAGCCAUAUGCUGGAGGGGGGACCACACCAGGCCCGGGCAAUGGGCAGCUCCCAGAUGCUGGGGGGUCUCCGGGGCCAUGUGGGGCACAGGGUGGGUACUGCAUACUCAGGGGGUAUCUGGUAGCUGCUGUGUUUGGCCCACUGGUGAUAUUGCUGGUGGUUGUGCACGUGGUGACCAGGCAUUGAGACUGGGGGAUGAGUAGGACCCACACAGGGCUCCAGAGGGACAAGAGUGAGAUCUGAACCCACCCAGCACAGCUCCACUGUUCUCCCAGGAUCACUCGAUUUACCCAGACAGGAAAAGCCACAUUCACCCCAGUGAAGCCCUAUAAGGGCAUAAGAUGCAUUUCAUCAUCUCUUGCACAAGCCCCAAACCCAGUGACACUGCUUCCUACCAGCAGCCACACAAACCCCACUGCAUCCCAGUCUGGGAUUUCCUCCUUUAUGGGGUCAGCACUGGAUUCGUACCCACAGCCCUGAAUUCAGUGCGAGGUAACAAUUCAGCAUCUCAUCCACCCUUCCACAGUUUAUAAGAAGUGAAUUAUUUACUGGUGACCCCAACUAAACGCCACGCGGCAUGAAUUAUGGACGGGCAGAUCUGUCAAAAAGUUCUCAUAAAUAAGUGAUCCGGUGCCA